UUUUUUAAUUUGGAUCUGAAAAUUAUUUAUCGCAUUUUUUCAGCGUUCUUCCUCAGCGAAUGCCACGUUCAUCCAGAAAUGUUGAGCUGCGCCAACACCAGCCGCUGCAUAUAUCAUGCCCAUCUAUGCGACGGAUACAACGACUGUGACGAUGGCAUAGACGAGCGCUACUGUGAGUUGCCUGGCCUGUGCCGCUCUGAUGAGUUCGAGUGCGCCUUCACCGGCCACUGCAUUAACGAGACGCGGCGGUGCGACGGAGCCAUCGACUGCCGCUUAUUCGACGACCGCAGCGACGAGCGCGGCUGUGCUAACCGGCCACCCGACGUCCCCCGCUUGACUGUCACGCCGGCCGCGACCUCCGCCAGCGUUUCUUGGACGUGGCGGACUGAGCAAUUUUUCAACGUAACUCUGGCAAUGAAAUCAAGAGAAGAUUGUGCCCCAAAGAAAACCGACGCCGUUCAACAUUUCCACAAAUUAAGCACGGCUAAACUGGAGCUGACGCAGCUGCAGGCGUACACUGAGUACGGGGUGUGCGUGUACGCCUACAACGAGGGCGGAGACAGCAAGCAGUGCGAAGUGUUCGAGACUCUGCCAGACAGAGCUCCUGGGCCUGUGGAGGAGUUGACCUCUUCCACGACGUCCACUUCCAUCAGCCUGCGGUGGAGGAAACCUUGUCCUCCCAUGGCCGCCAUCAGGGGCUACCGCGUCAAGGAGGCUACAACCAUUCACUACGUCCAAGCGUCGGAGUGCAGCGACAGCGCAGCCCACUUCUGCCACACCAUCAAGGAACUACAACCUGAACGCACGUACAACAUUGAGGUACAAAACUGCGCCACUGACUUGUACAGCGCAUGUUCUGUUGCUGAGGUGAUAAGCGUCACGACGAGACUAGCAG